ACUACAUACCAAGUGUAGAUCAUAAAUGCCUACAUAUAAAGUGUUUAUUAUAGUGUUAGUUUUCAGUGUUUUUGUCUAUUAACUCUAUUAAUUCUCUUCUUAAAGAUGGAGUUUAUUAAAGAGGAGCAGACUGAAGACAUAAAGAUGGAGUUUAUUAAAGAUGAGACCGAAGACAUGAAGAUUGAAGAAACAUUCAGUGUGAAACAUGAAGAUAUUGAGGAACAAACAGACCUAAUGGCACUGAAAGAGGCGAGUCAUGAACAUAAUGAAAGGGAAGAAGAGAAAAAACAUUAUGAUAAACAUAAUGAUUUCUUGACUGGGAAAAGAUCAACACAGGCAACACAGGCUUCUUCUUUAUGUAAAAGAGCUCAAAAGACAAAAAGUAAAAGUUAUUUCACCUGCCAACAGUGUGGAAAGAGUUUUGAUCAACAUAGAAACCUUCAAGUCCACUUGAGAGUUCACACUAGAGAGAGCCCCUUCACUUGCCAACAGUGUGGAAAGAGUUUCACACGUGAAGACUACCUUAAAGUCCACAUGAGGAUACAUACUGGAGAAAAGCCUUACACCUGUCAACAAUGUGGAAAGAGUUUCAGUCAAAAAGCAUACCUUAUAGUCCACAUGAGAAUUCACACUUUAGAGAAACCUUUCACCUGCCAACAAUGUGGACAGAGUUUCAGUCAAAAAGGACACCUUAAAGACCACAUGAGAGUUCACACUUUAGAGAAACCUUUCACUUGCCAACAGUGUGGACAGAGUUUCAGUCAAAAAGGAAACCUUAAAGUCCACAUGAGAAUUCACACUGGAGAAAAGCCUCACACCUGCCAACAGUGUGGAAAGAGUUUCUCUGUAAAAGGAAGCCUUAUAGUCCACAUGAGAAUUCACACUGGAGAGAGCCCAUUCGCCUGCCAACAGUGUGGAAAGAGUUACAAAGAAAAAGGAAAACUUGGAAUCCAUAUGAGAAUUCACACUGGAGAAAAGCCUUACACCUGUCAACAGUGUGGACAGAGUUUCAGUAGAAAAGGAAGUCUUACAGCCCACAUGAGAAUGCACGCUGGAGAAAAGCCUUACACCUGCCAACAGUGUGGAACGAGUUACAAAGAAAAAGGAAAACUUGAAAUCCACAUGAGAAUUCACACUGAAAAAAAGCAUUACACCUGUCAAGAGUGUGGAAAGAGUUUCAAUCUAAAAGGAAGUCUUACAGUCCACAUGAGAAUUCACACUGGAGAGAGCCCAUUCUCCUGCCAACAGUGUGGAAAGAGUUUCAAUCGAAAAUAUAAACUUGAAACCCACAUGAGAAUUCACACUGGAGAAAAGCCAUAUACCUGCCGACAAUGUGGAAAGAGUUUCACUGUAAAAGUAAACCUUAGAGCCCACAUGAGAACUCACACUGGAGAAAAGCUUCGCACGGGAACUAAGCCUUAGGGAACACAUGAAUAUUCACACUGGAGAGAAGCCUUUUAUAUGUGAUCAGUGUAGAAAGAGUUUCAGGCAUAAAAUAACCCUUUAUAACCACAUGAAAAUUCAUACUGAAGAGAAGCCAUUCAUUUGUGAUAAGU